AAUUAAAAAAAGAGAAAAGCAACUAGAGAAAAAAAAAAGAGAAGAAAAAAAAACUUGGUUUUAUCUUCUUUGUUAUUAUUAUAUUCACUUCUUCAAUAUCUUGGUUCUUUGAUAUUAUUAUUCGAUUGAGCAAAAAAUGGGAGUUCCAGAGAGAGACCCUCUUGCACAAUUGAGCUUGCCUCCUGGAUUUAGAUUUUAUCCCACUGAUGAGGAGCUUUUGGUUCAGUACCUUUGCCGCAAGGUUGCUGGCCAUCAUUUCUCUCUUCCAAUCAUUGCUGAAGUUGAUUUGUACAAGUUUGAUCCAUGGGUUCUUCCAGGUAAGGCAGCGUUUGGAGAGAAGGAGUGGUACUUCUUCAGUCCAAGAGACAGGAAGUACCCGAAUGGUUCACGACCAAACAGAGUUGCGGGUUCUGGGUAUUGGAAAGCCACUGGAACUGACAAAAUCAUCACCACUGAAGGUAGAAAAGUUGGCAUAAAAAAAGCACUUGUUUUCUACGUUGGCAAAGCACCCAAAGGCUCGAAAACCAAUUGGAUCAUGCACGAGUAUCGCCUUCUCGACUCUUCCCGCAAACACAACCUCGGAACCGCAAAGCUUGAUGAUUGGGUUCUGUGUCGUAUCUAUAAGAAGAACUCAAGUGCGCAAAAGGUUGAGGCAAAUCUUUUGGCUAUGGAAUGUAGCAAUGGGUCAUCACCUUCUUCAUCGUCCCACGUGGACGACAUGCUGGAAUCGUUGCCGGAGAUCGAUGAUCGGUGCUUCACCCUGCCGCGAGUGAACUCAGUCAGAACAAUGCAGCAGCAGGACGAGAAAUUCGGAUUUCAGAACAUGGGAUCCGGGUUUUUCACCGAUUGGGUCAACCCGACGGAUCUUGAUUCAGUUUCCGAAUUUGGGUCGGGUUGCCAAACCCAAGGGAUGGUGAAUUAUGAUUGUAAUGACUUAUUUGUCCCUUCUGUGCCGCCCUUCGGCCACAGCCAUGUAAACUACAUGGUGGGGGCACCACCGUCCGAGGAGGAGGUUCAAAGCGGUGUGAGGACUCAACAGGCCGAUGGGGCCGCAUGUUUUCAGCAGAACCCAAAUGCCCGAUUGUUACCGGGCUCGGGCGACCCAUUUGGGUUUGGGUUCAUCAUGGGUCAGCAAGUUGAGUUCGGGUUUAGGGACUGAAGGAUCUGAUAGUGUUGUUCUGUAAAUAAUUGGGGAUUUUAAUUUAAAUUCUAUGCUCAUUGUUAUGGAAAAUUGCAAUUUUGGUCAUUCUUUUCGGCUAGACACAUACAAUGAAUCGGUAUGAAACUGAGCAAGGAUGACCCAAUGGUGCUUUCACCACAGCACCGCAUGCUGAAAAAUUAAUUGCUUUGCAAGACAUUAUUGGGCUAAAUAUGAAUCACGUUGUACUUCAAAGCAUUACAUAGCAACUAUUUUCCAAAUUUAAGUUUAGUUUAGAGCAUUAGAUAUUGAUAUUUUUAUGUGGUUGGUGUCCCAUGCAUCCUUGUAGACAACCUGAUCAACAAGCAAUGAACCAGCUGUAAAAUUGUCUAGCCUUGCUGAUUGUGAAAAAAGUGAGAUCCACGUGUGAA